CACACAUUUUCUCUCAUUUUAACCCAGGGGUAGCCGAGGAUACAUUUUAUUGUCCAGAGUCUAUAAAACCCUGUUACCUGUCUCUCUUAGAUUACAACUCAGUCUGUCCGGGGUCGUGUGUGUGUGUCUGUGUGUGUGUGUGUGUGUGUGUGUGUGAAAGAGAGAGCGAGUGUGAGUGUGUGUGUCUCUGUACUAAAGGAUAUUCUUUACGAGAGGACUAGAAGACAGCCUCAGGCAAAGCGGUAAUCAUGACAGGUGAGUAAACCUAGAUGUUGAUAUGGAACAAUAUAAUAAUAGUUCUCCCUUUUAACUCUGGGUUAGUACAUGGAGAGUAAAUGUGUGUGUUUUUUGCAUAUAAAGGGCAAUGCACAAAUUGUUCAGAAAUGUUACAGUGUGACAAUGUUUGAAAUAGCAUUUGAAGUCAGUUAAAUGAAACUGAAUCCAUGUUAGAGCUUUUUUAAUGACAUUUCACUUCAUUUCUGCAGACAAAGAGGAACAAAGGACAAAGAAGAUCAAGAAUAGUCCAAGUUGCUUGGGAUAUCCUAUCAGUAUAUUUUUCAUUGUGGUGAAUGAAUUCUGUGAGCGAUUCUCCUACUAUGGCAUGAAAGCGGUGCUGGUGCUGUACUUUAAGUAUUUUAUCGGUUGGGACAAUGAUUUGUCCACCACCAUCUACCACACCUUCGUGGCUCUGUGCUACCUAACACCCAUCAUGGGGGCCAUCAUUGCAGACUCAUGGCUGGGCAAGUUCAAGACUAUUGUGUAUCUGUCCGUAGUGUACACCAUCGGCCAGGUGAUCAUAGCUAUCAGUGCCAUCCAUGAUAUCACAGAUACUAACAGAGACGGUACACCAGACAACAUGACCUUCCAUACUGCCAUGUCCAUGCUGGGACUCAUGCUCAUUGCCUUGGGAACUGGAGGUAUUAAACCCUGUGUGGCAGCGUUUGGAGGAGAUCAGUUUGAAGAACAUCAGGAAAAACAAAGAAGUACUUUCUUUUCCAUCUUUUAUCUGUCCAUUAACGCUGGCAGUCUUCUCUCCACUCUCAUCACACCCAUCCUGAGAGCUCAAGAGUGUGGUAUCUACUCAAAGCAAAGUUGUUUCCCGCUUGCUUUUGGGGUCCCUGCAGCUCUCAUGGUGGUUGCCCUCAUUGUGUUCAUCGCAGGCCACAGCAUGUACAUUAUAGAGUCCCCCAAAGGCAACAUCCUGCUGCGAGUCAUGCAAUGCAUUGGAUUUGCAGUUAGGAACCGUUUCAAUCACCGCAGUAAGCAAUACCCCAAGAGAGAGCACUGGAUGGACUGGGCAGAAGAGAAGUAUGAUAAACUCCUGAUCGCUCAGGUGAAGAUGGUGUUGAAGGUUCUGUUCCUCUAUAUUCCUCUGCCGAUGUUCUGGGCCUUAUUUGACCAGCAGGGCUCCCGUUGGACUCUUCAAGCUACCACUAUGGAUGGUAACUUUGGAGCGUUUAUAAUUCAGCCAGAUCAGAUACAGAUUGUGAACCCCAUACUGAUUGUGAUAAUGGUGCCAAUCAUGGACUCUGCAGUGUAUCCGCUUAUCAAGAAGUGCCAUAUUAACUUCACGCCCCUGCGGAGGAUGACUGUUGGUAUGCUGCUGGCCGCAUUAGCAUUUGUGGCUGCUGCUCUUUUGCAGAUUCAAAUUGACAAAACAAUGCCCGAUUUCCCAUCAAGCUCUCAAAUCCAGGUGAAGUUCCUGAAUUUGGAGAACACAUCAGUUCCUGUUGUAGUAGAGGGGCAAGAACCGUUUGCUGUUUCUGGCUUUGAUUCUAAUGAUUAUAUGACACUUGACAGCGAGAACGUUACAGUCUCUGCUGGAGAAAGAAACGCUACAGCUUAUUUCCAGAAGAAAACAAGGCACACGGUUUUGAUAAAUACUGAUGGAAUGCUUCAGACUCUUAAUGACAUAACCGAGAAACCAAACCAAGGCAUGAAUGCGAUCAGGUUUGUGAAUGGCUUUAGGUCUCAUCUGAACUUCACAAUAAAGUCUGAUAAUCUGGGUCUCAUCGCUCCCUUACAAGGAUCAGGCUACCUCAAUGUUUCCCACGGCAAAGCCAACUUUACUAUUGUGAAUGAAGAAGGACAGAUGUGCCACUACAUCCUGCAGCUGGGCUUCGGAAGCUCCUACACAGUCCUGAUCCCAAGCACCUUUCGUUUUGGAGAAUCUUGUACCGAGAACAUUAAAGCAAUACAGGAUAUUGAACCCAACGGCAUCCACAUGGCCUGGCAGGUCAUUCAGUACUUUUUGAUGACCUGCGGAGAAGUGGUCUUCUCUGUCACCGGCCUGGACUUCUCCUAUGCACAGGCACCAAGCAAUAUGAAGUCAGUCCUCCAGGCUGGAUGGCUGUUGACUGUUGCAAUGGGGAACGUCAUUGUGCUCAUCGUGGCUGAGGCAGGCUCACUUCCAGAUCAGUGGGCAGAAUAUGUGUUGUUCGCGUCUCUCCUGGUGGCCGUGAGUAUCAUCUUUGCGGUCAUGGCUUACUUCUACACCUACAUAGACCCGGCGGAAAUUGAGGCUAAAUCUAUGGAGCUUGAGCCAGAAGAGAAGAAAAAGAAAGAGCUUGAAAUGACGGCCAAAGACAAUUCGGUGUAUUUAAACAACAAGAUGUCAAAGAACACAGACGUCAACCAAACGAAGAUCUAGAUUCAUCACUUCUUUUUCACUUGAUCUGUGCUUUGAAAGUGUUGGUGUUCCCUUUACUAUUGAUCGAAAAACUGAUUCACCAUUUUUUAGCGAAGCUGGGUUUGGGAUUUGUUAUGCAGUAGCACAAAUACAACACAACCCUAAAUCAGCCCAAGGGAAGCAAAUUCUACAUGAAAUUGAAUGGUGUGCUUGGGAUGACAACCAUGGGCAGAAGAGUUGGUUAUGGUUAAGAUCAGCUGCACUGGUGCCUUUGCAGGUUGGAUUUAUUUAUGAGUAUAUGAUGUUAUUAUCAAUAAAUGGAUGAGUUAAAGAGGCCCUCUUUUAUGGACAACAUGGAAAAAAAACAGUUUAAAUGGAACCUAAAGUGUAGAAUUACGUCAUACUGUUUUUAAAUGCUGUUUCCCUCUUGUACUUCAAACAGCACGAUCCUGUUUGUGCUUUCAGAAAAUAUUCUAAAGUGCGUCUAAUGAAUUUUUAUUAAUAGCCAUUCAUCUACACCAAGUAAUGGGUAAAACUAAAGAUUUGAACAUUUUCAAAUAAUUCAUUUUCACAAUAGUAAAUGCAACUCAAUUUGCAAUAUUUAAAGGGGUUACAAGAAGAACGUGCCAUAUAACUUGCACCAGCUACGAGCAUUAGAGUCGUUUUCUUCAAUUAAUUUUUUUAAUUAUUUUUUCUACAUAACACUGUAAAUGGAUUUUAAACUAUAUUGGGUCCAAUAAGCUAUGAAUGAUUCAAUUAUUGAUGAAGUGCUUCAAUAAAAUAUAUAUUUAUGCCUCACAAUAAAAAAAAAAAAUUUGCCAGUAAUCAUGAUUAUUUUGAAAUAAUUACAUUUAUGCAUAUACCAGA